GCCCGUCCACGACGUCGGCCAGAAGCGGGUUUGCCAACCCGACUUCUACGACGUGCUGGGUCGCCUCGACCCUACAAGCACUCUUCGCCACCGGCGCCACGGCCGACGUCGUGACUGGACACGCUUCCAGCCCCGCACGCCCUCCCCACUGCGCGCUCUGCGUGCUGAAGGCAACCCGCAACGCAAGCCGGCACCCAAGCCAUCCCCCGACCUGCUCGCAUUGUGGGGCGUCUGGCUCCAGAGCGUAGGGCGUCACGUCACAGAGCAGGAGGCGUUCCACGAAGACUCUUACGUGCCUCGCUGCGGCAAACCAGGUUGUGCCUGGAAGCACGGCGCCGUCGAGCGCGAGCUAGUGGCAGACGUCCACCCGCCCGGCGCCCGCUUGACGCAAGUGGACUUGACGCACCUCCUCCUCGAGGAGAAUCCCUUCUCCUUCGAGACCGUCCACCUCUGUGCGUGCAACUGCGGCUACAGCAGCACACGUUGCACCGCCCGCGCUUUCGGCCCCGGCCGAGUCCUUGCCCUGCGGGUCAACCGCCCCCGCGGCCAAGAGAGCGCGCUGGACACGCCGUUGACCCUCCGGCUGAAAGGCCGCGACUUUCACCUACGGGCAACGGUGUGCCGACUGGGCAAGAGCGAGGAGUCAGGGCACUACAUGACUUUCGUGCCCCUUGACAAAGGCGAACGGUGGCUGUCGUACAAUGACAGCGACGUACAAGUGUGCGCACCGCCGCCGCUCAACCGCACGCGCUCCCGCCUGCUGUUCUACGAGGCAGUGGAGUGCGCGGGCGUGCUGCCAGCGCCGCGGGGAGGGCCGGAAGACCGCUUGCCUGCAGGCAGCCGGUCGAACACCACCGCGGACACCGAGCUGGACGAGUCCAGCCGCGGCCCUAGCGCGGAGAACAUCCGCUCUAGAGACUGA